UCUACUGGCCCAUCCACUAUAUAAACCGACGACGUUUCCAUAUUCUAGAUGCAAGCAGAUAUCGAAAAAUGUCACGUGUGAGAUUGUCAACAUCAGCAAAGAAUGGCGGGAAAAAGAAAGUAUGUGGCCGCCUGGUCCGUUCGCAAUACCAAUGUCGAAGUACGGAUGUCCGGAGUCACAGUCUCGGGGAUGGUCGAAAGGUGUUUUGAAAGUAAACCUUGCAACACAAAAUAACAGAACAAUCGACUACAAAGGCAACAACUUAUUCCCAGAGAUAACAAAUAAUUCUAGAAGUCAGAAACUUAAGUUUUGUGUUAAAACUCGAAAUGAUCCAACGCUGGACAAAGGCCGUUGGAUUUCUGGCAAAUACAGUAUUUAUAAAAAAGGAGAAGGAUGCCCUUUAGGAUUUGAAGAACUCAAUCGAACAAUUUUCUAUAGUGAAUAUGAGACAUAUGGACAACUCCCAAAUCACGAAGUGUUGGAAGAAGAGCACUUUGACAACUACAUCACUAUGACGAUGUGCGGACGAUCAAAUAUUACAGACUUAGAAGUUGCGGACACCAUGUCAGCGUUUGGAAUGUUGAAAACAAUUUUUAUGCUUAUAAGGGCAAGAUAUUUAUCACAAUAUCUCUUUGAUUUAGUAGCGUUAACUGGUAGAAUAAACAUUAUAUGGUACUUUGCAAACCGCACAAUAUCUAAGUCUUCACAGGUAGUAGUAAACUAAAUAUAUAAAGGAAAAAUAAAUAAUAAGGAAUAUGGUAUGUUAGAAAAUAUAUUCUUAAAUAAAUGGCGAAAUUAAGAAUAAUUCAUGUUUAAAGAAUUUCCAAUAUCUGAUAAGACUUAUAAAGUUGCUAAUGAACUAGUAAGAAACAACACAUGUUUACUCUCUCUAAAUUGUAUUGCUUUGUACAAAAAACAUUAAUUUCUACAGGACUGCAUUAUAUUAAGAGUCUCUUUGGCAGUCGGAACUUGAAAUCAUUGUGGAUAUUUUUCAUGGACUUUUGAAGUAAUAAAGUAUAAUUUAUAAAAGGCUGUAGUCAAAAUUUUACAGUAGGAACCCAGUUGCUGCUGAUAUUUAAACAGAACAGUUUAGCCAAUAUUUCUAUUCAUCGUAUGAUAAAGGGAAUUUAUUAUUAAAAAUAAAAGUUCUUUUACUGGUUUAACUAGUUUGCUCUUUUGUUUCAGAGCAAAGGGAACCCUUGUCCACAGUUCACAGGAACAGCUACCUCUGCAGAAACAAUAUACUGUCUCUAUGAGCCAACGGUUGUCGAAAAUGAGGAAGAAAGAGAAACAACUG